CCUCAAGAGUGUGAUAUGCAAUUCGAGGGCGUCACAUUCUGGGCUUCGUAUUGUCUCACCGUCCAGCUCCCCCCAAACCACUAGUUCAUGAGGAACACCCUGCCUCAGCAUGGCGAUCAAGGUCUGGAGCGCAUCUGUAGCGUGAAGACAGAUAAGCCCCUUCAUCACUAGAUAUAUGGUCCACGAUGGUCCUCGCUUCAAUGCCAUCCUCGAAGGCAGUGCUCAUGUUUGCAGAUAUCUUCUUCGGCCGCGAAACAGACAACAUGCUCAGCCAAGCCAAACUCCACCAGCUGGAGUCAGCUCCAUCAAACGUCAAGUCCAACUGGCUCACCACCGUUCAAACGCGCCCUAUCCGCUCCGGCUCCGUUUCAUCAGACGACGAGCCCGCCGAGAGUAUAAUCCACCACCACGACACCGAAAGCAUCGUCGCGCCCGCUCGGUCUUCAGUUUUUGAGUACGGCACCGGCACGACAACUGUUCUCUCCCACCGCGACUUCUCCAGCGCAACGACGCGCCAUGCAUCCCAAGCCAUGUCUAUAAUCUCCAAGCGAGACUUUUCUUUCUCUUCUUCCUCUUAUGCAAGCGAGUUGUACGACACGCAAGCUAUCUGGAAACACGGAGCAGAUUACGAAGGGUUCUCAUUCGAGCUUGACUCGCAUAUGCAGAGGGCUGUCGACAGAUAUGCCCGCGUCUGCGGUAAAUCUCUCGACUUUGCACGCUCCGUCACAUCAAAAGAGUUUCUCGCCAUGGUCACCAACGAGAGAUUGCGAUACAUGCCGGAGAAGGGAAGUCGUCUUGACAAAACGCUCAAGAAAGCUGAGGCCUUUGCGAAAAAGUUUGACAAGAUCAUGACGGCGAUCAAGAUGAUUGAGGUAUCGACUUAUGAUAGCUCUGCGCUUGUUCUUUCAUCGUGUAAGACCCUUCUUGGGUUUGCUGGGAAGUAUUCUUUUGCUGUUGAGCGUUUCUUUACGGUUCUUGAUGAUGCGAUGGCAACUAUUGUUAAGAUGGUGGAGAAGUUGGAGGCGAGCCAUGCUUCGCAUAGGGUUACUUCUAUCUUCCAGUCUUCCCUCGCUAUGAUUGUUGACAUUGUUGUUGACAUCACUGCAUCUUUCGGCACCAAUCGCUCAGGUGGAAGUGAGAAGACUAUCGUGGCCCAAUUCGAGUCUCGCUUUGAGAUCAUCAUUCUCAGGCUUACGCAGCUCAAGGCGGAGUUUCACAUGUGUCAUCUCAACCACUGGCUCGAAUGUCACGGGUCCGUUGACUCGCUCCUCAUUAUCCUUCGUGGCUUCGGCGACUUUGGUCUUGACUCCUGUCCCCCAGCCUACAUCUCCAUCCUCAUGAAAGUCUGCCUUUCUCUUCACAAGUCACACAGCGAACACUCCGAGACUCUCACUUGGUUCCGCUUCCUCUGGAACUCAAUUGAGAAGCAUCGUCAUAACCACGAGAUCAUCAGCUCUGAGCAGUGGUUCGAGGUGUAUCAGGAGUAUCUCAUAAUUCUUGGUGUUCAUGAGCAACAUACUGAGCGCCUUCAUCUGGCUGAGAGCUUUAGAGCUGUCAUCCUUGCGGACUUUGGUGCUACUCAUGCGUACUACAUCCGCGCGAGCAUUGAGUUCGCCAAGAUCCUUGAGAUUGACACGGUUCGAUACGUCGAAGCUGUUUCUAUCUACGAGGAGCUGUGUCAAUUCGACAUUCACUGCUGUGACGAAGGCGACUCUAUCAUCGCUCUUCUCGAGAUUGCCAAGUAUCGCCUGUCAGUUCUCUUUGAGAGUCACUGCGAUCUUGGCCAUCGCGCCGAAACCCUCCUCAUCGACUCAUUCGUCUCGCUCAAGUGGGAACUCUCCUACUCCCACGAGAAGGUCUUGGUAGCACUUACCCGCAUCGUUGACUAUCAUCGCAAGCAGAAGCGCCGCGAGAGUAUCUCUGUUGCCAUCAAGGUCAUUGAGGAGUACAUCGUCGGCCUUCUCGUCGAAGAGCGCAAUGAGAUUGUCCUCUUCGACAUUGCUCGCAGCUUGGCCAAAAUGUAUCGUGAGUUAUCUUCCGUCGAGUUUGGUAUCAAGUUCAUCCAAACUCUCAAGGAAGAGGUCCUCAUGGGUGAGAAGAGUAAAGUCGAGGGCUUCUGCGGUUUCGGUCACGAGGAUCGUCUUGCGCAUCUUGAUCGACGUUGUUUCAUCUUCAUCCACGCCUUUGAGCAACUUCUCUGCGGCUAUGAACGCGAGAACAUGCUCGACAUCAUCAUUCGUGAUGUCUACACUGAGACCUGUCUCUACGAAGCAUGGUCCGUAUCCGUCAGGACCUCAAGCCGUCCUAUCCACAUGCGUCUCGCAGCUGGUGCCCGUCUCAUCGCCUUCCUUGAACUCAAGGGUCGACAGACUGAGGUGCGAAAGCUCCGUACAGAUAUGUGGGAGAUGUUCAAGGGCUUCUGCUCAACAUCCGUAUCUUCUGAGUCUCUCUGGCAGCUUUUUGAGUUGACUCUUUCCAAUGUUAACAAGAAGAUUGUGCAUAUUGACAUUCUUGAGCGUUUGGUUGAAGUUAGUCUUCAGGUCUACAAGGCUAAGGACUUCAAGGUUUCGCUUCAGCUGUUGAAGUGGUCGCAAGUUUACUUCCGGCAACUCACUAAGACCAAGCACUCUCAUGUUGUCAAACUCGCAUUCAAGAUCUCAGAGUCGUUCUCGCGUCGUCACACUCAUGAUCACGAUCACGUUAUUCUUGAGCUCCAGCAAAUCUCAUCGGAGAUCCUGGUCGAAGUUCUCAAGGUAGGUCGUCUUGACAUCGACUUUGGUACCAUUCCUUUUGAUCAAUUGAACGUCAUCAUUCGUCUUCUUGGUGAGAGGAAGAACUUCUCCAUGCUUGAACGUAUCCUUCAGUACCUCUGGGAUACACGCAUGAGCCGUAACUGGUCCGGAGCUGCGACCGUUGCUACUGGUCGUCGACUCUGCGAGGUCAAGUUCGCUGCCGGUCAUCAAUCAGCAGCCAUGUCUCUCAUCGAGAGCAUCUGCUACAACCUUCGCGACGUCUAUGGCUCUCUUCACCACCUCACAGUCGACUGUGAGACUCUCCGCGCAAGCUUUCACAACACAUGCGGGAAUCACAAGGCAGCACGCGACAUCCACGUUCAUCUCCUUGAGCAAAUUGGCAACAUGGACAGCGAUGCCAUUUCAGGCCGUGAUGAUCUUGCCGAGUUGGUCACGGACCAGGCUAAGAGGCUGAAGUGGGCUCAUCAUAGCCACCAAAGCAAGGCUGGUGAGGACGACAAGGAUGAGUCGUUUUACCUCUCGAUUCUUCGAAAUGCGCAGAGCUCGGUCAGUGGACAUCAUAGAGUCGAGUCAGCGUCUUUCGGUGAUGCUCUUAAGUUGGAUGGGGAGAAGAUGGAGACCAAGUGGAAGCAUCCUGAGAACUGGAGCUUGCCUGUUCGUGAGGUUCUAUAAAUGCUAUUUGAGGUUUACCGGAUGGGGCGCAGGGGGUUUCUUUGCACACACGUGUAGCAGUCAAUCAUUGAUCUUUCUUUUGUAUUUGGUCUUUUGUAUUCUUAUCAUUGAUGUGUAAGCUCGUUACUAUUUUAUUGGUACUCUAUUGUCUAUUCACGCCGCUCAUCAUGGGCCUUUUUGAAUCAAGUCACUGUCGAUCG